AUGAAAAAGUACUAUUUCGGCAAAAAAAAGGUGUCUGGAUUUUUUCCCGAAGAUGGUGCCAUUUUCAUGGCAAACAGAAGUACUUUGAAAGAAUGUUUUCAGAGGAGUUUGUUUGGGUUGCCAGAUAGUUUUUCGGGUUUCGUUAACAACGUCAAGGCAGGAAUGAUUUUGUUCCUUUUCGAAUUUGAAGCAAGGAAGCUUUAUGGGGUUUUUAAAGCGGUAUCAGAUGGUGGCAUGAACAUUGUUCCUCAUGCAUAUGCUUCAUCAGGAAAGCAGUACCCUUCACAGGUUAAAUUCACCACAAUCUUACGUUGUGACCCUCUCUUUGAAGAUGAAUUUUGUGAUGUAAUUCGGGAUAAUUACUUCACCACCUACAAAUUCAAUUUUGGUUUGUCUAAAGACCAGAUUGAAGGUCUUAUGUGGCUUUUCAAUUCAAGAAAACAUGAAGUUCCACACUCUCUUCACCAGAAGAGAAAGAAAAAAAGAAAGUGGGAUUUUCAGAUUAUAGAAAACAAACUAAUUAAAGGGAGGUUUACCAACACUCAGAAAAGGAAGCUAGUCUCUCACGACGGAGCAUCAGUAACUGCUGAGCAAGAGGUGGAAAAGCUUUCUUUGUCUCGUGAGUCUUGUGGAAACUGUGAAAGCAUCCAAUUCCAUGGUGAUGCUUAUGAUCCUGAAAACCCUGGCUUUAAUCAUUCAGUAGGAUCUGGGGCGCACUCUGCUGCUAGCUAUGAAUCACAUGAGCUUCCUUCAUUUCCAAAGAAGAAAGGAAACCUCCCUAUUCUUGAGGAAGAGACUGAAGAUUUUAUACCAUUGUGUUCAACAGACAAUUCUGACCUUGAAGAUGGAGAGCUUGAUAAUUUCAGCGAGUCUUCAGAAGAGAAACAGAUAGGGUUAGAUAUGCUUGAGGGAAAUGAAGUUUCUUAUAUCCCUGUACCACGAUUUCUGAUAAGUGAUAAAGAAUCUAACAGGUUAUGUGACUCUUCACCCACUGCUGUAAGUAACUUACAGUCCAAAGAUGAAACUGACACCCUUCCCUCAAAGGGUAUGUAUUCUGAUAAAACCAAAAAUAGAACCAGUGUGUUUUCAAGGUUAAAUUUUUCGUCAGAGGGAAUUACUUCAGAGAAUCAGGAUGAUAUCAAUGGAAAGGACAUCGCAAGGUAUCACUAUCAAUAUGGAUAUGAGAAAAUGGAAGAGGUCACUCAACAGAUUGAAGAUGGCAGAAUGUAUAAAAGAGCGAGUGUGUUUAUGCGCUUGACCAGUGUUUCAGAUACUGUUCCCCAAAUCCAUUCCAUGACAGGAUUGGACCACAGAACUAGAUGGUGGAAGAAGUAG